AUGCCGCAAUACCGAGGAAGUCGUGAAGUCAUAUCGAUUCACGUUGGUCAGGCUGGUGUUCAAAUCGGAAACGCGUGUUGGGAGUUGUUUUGUUUGGAGCACGGCAUUCAACCUGACGGAUAUCAUGUCGACGACGACACUUAUGAUGAAGAGACCGAAGUGCUGAACACGUUUUUCGCCGAAACCGCCGGCGGCAAAUAUGUUCCGCGGUGUUUGUUCGUUGAUUUGGAGCCGACAGUUGUUGAUGAAGUCCGAACCGGAACAUAUAAGAAUCUGUUCCAUCCGGAACAGUUGUUGUCCGGAAAAGAGGAUGCGGCGAAUUGCUACGCGAGAGGAAGAUACACGAUCGGAAGAGAAAUGAUUGACGUGGUGAUGGAUCGUGUGAAGCGGCUAGCCGAGAACUGCAAAGGCCUUCAAGGCUUCCUCAUAUUCCAUUCGUUCGGCGGAGGAACUGGCUCGGGAUUCCUGUCGCUUCUCAUGGAGCGCCUCUCGACCGAAUACGGAAAAAAGCCGAAACUCGAGUUCGCGAUUUAUCCAGCUCCGCAAGUGUCGACGAGUAUGGUCGAGCCGUACAAUUCGAUUCUAAUGACGCAUACGACGUUGGAGCAUUCCGAUUGCACAUUCAUGGUCGACAACGAGGCGAUUUAUGAUAUUUGUCGACGAAAUCUGGAUCUCGCGAGACCGACCUAUACGAAUUUGAAUCGUCUAAUUGCACAAAUCAUCUCCUCAAUUACCGCUUCGUUGAGAUUCGAAGGAGCUCUGAAUGUGGAUCUCACCGAGUUCCAGACAAAUUUGGUCCCCUAUUCUCGUAUUCACUUCCCGUUGGUCACUUAUGCACCAUUGGUGUCGGCCGAACGAGCCUCGCAUGAGCAGAACUCGGUCGCCGACAUGACUCAUGCCUGCUUCGAGCCUGGCUAUCAAAUGGUCAAGUGCGAUCCGCGACGCGGCAAAUACAUGGCCGUGUGUCUGUUGUAUCGCGGCGACGUCGUUCCGAAGGACAUCAAUUCGGCGAUCGCUUCGGUGAAAACGAAACGAACGGUGCAGUUCGUCGAGUGGUGUCCGACCGGAUUCAAAGUCGGAAUCAAUUUCCAGCCGCCGACGGUGGUGCCUGGAGGGGAUCUCGGAAAGCAGACGAGGAGUGUGUGCAUGAUCAGCAACACGACGGCAAUCGCUGAAGCAUGGGCUCGUCUCGACUACAAAUUCGAUUUGAUGUACUCGAAACGAGCAUUCGUGCAUUGGUACGUCGGUGAAGGAAUGGAAGAGGGCGAAUUCUCAGAAGCCCGCGAAGACAUGGCGGCGUUGGAGAAGGACUACGAGGAGAUCGGCGAGGAUGAGCUGCCCGACGACAUCGACGACGAUCAAUCCUAUCGAGGUUCGAGGAGUCGAGCAUCAAAUUAUUGA